UGCAUUCCCAGACAAUUGAAACCAAUUUACCUCCAGGGAGCUAAAUUUAGUCUCCUCUUCUUCCCUGCCCCACUAACCCCGCUAUACAUGUGUCUCUCUCUCUCUCCUCUCUUCUCCUUUUAUUGCCUCCUCUUUCCUCUCUCUUCCUCCCCUACCUCCUAUUUCUCUCCUAUUUCUUCAUCCGCCUCUCGUUUUCAGAAAAUAUCAAGGAGUGAUUCAAACGGAACACUACAUGACAGAUACAGCUACUGUAAAGCUCCCAGUGGUCCUCACUCGUCCUCCUCCUCCCUCACUCUCCCAGGGACUGGUAGUAUGGCAAACGGAGGCAGAGUCCUCUACACCACUGCUCUCAGAGCUGACUCCACUUCUGGCCUUUCGCACUCCUCCAACCAGUUUGCUGGUGACGCACAGGACGACUCACCUUUCUCUCACACCUCCUGUAGUUCACCCACCAAAAUUCGUCGCACAGAGAUAGUCUCCUCCACACAUGCACCCAGCCCCACUUUUGGCAGAGGGGUGAGUCUUACAUUACACCUCUCAAUAAAAGUUUACAAUAGCAAUGAGUCGAUGAGUCGACAUCUGUGUCAGAAGCCCAAAAAACUUUAAUGUUCCAAGUAUAGCGAAGAGACUAUGUUAGAAGCCUCGGGUUUCUAAUGCUCGUCGAUGAGCUACUGACUUAUUAUUUAGUACACAGUCCCGUUGUCCCGGUGUAUAUAGGCACUUGGUAAUUCUUAUGGGACUACAGUUAUGUACCACGAGAGGUUGUAAACACAUUUUCAUGCGUGAGUGCAUAAUCUUUUUUCCUUGUCUUUACAGUUUUACUGACUCCCCUUUAUACAACAGAGCCCCUCUAAUUCAGACACCAAUUGAGGUGUCCGUUAUUUCAGGGGUUGAAAAAUCGCAU